AUGUAGAGUUUUUAAUCCGAUCUUAAAUAUAUACGUGACGCUCUUACUAUAUUAAUUGAUAAGCUAUUGCCUUAUAUAGAGCAAAAGCAAAUUCAUUAAUUUUGCUAGGUAUUGAAAAAUAAAGUUGCUGAUGAUAAGGUCACACCAUUUUCUAUCUAUAUGGAAACUUAAAAAAAUUUAGAAGGAAGUCAAAUCAAACCUAUCAGAUUGAAUAGUACAUCAGAUGAGAAAUUUACGAACUCAGUUCUCAGCAAACUAAGAUUGGCAUAGACUGAAUUCAAAAACAAUACACAAUAAUUUGCAUCAAUUUAUAAUUCAGUGAAAGAGAAUGUCGAAUCAGUUUAUGUUUCAAGUUAAGAAUUGUAAAUAAUGAUGAAUGAGAAACAAAUAUAAAUGUAAAACAAAUUAGAAUCAAGAUAAGAUAAAAUAAGAAGAGUCUCAAUUUAUAGUAAAUAAAAUAAGCAAAAACCAGAUACAGAUAUUUAAGAGGAAAAGCAAAAAGAAUAUAAAAUAGAGAUAAAAUCAGAAGAAAAAAAUGUUAUCAAAUCUGAUAACAAAAUAGGUUCUAAAAAUGAGUUAAAAUUUGAAACUAAGAAUGAUAUUAGAUUAGACUCUAAGAAAGAUUAAUGUCCCACUUAAGAUUAAAUUUAAAACUAAAGAUUGAAUCAAUAAAAUUAAUUGUAAUAUUAAAUUAAAGUUGAGAAAUCUUAACCUUAAUAAUCUCCAUUAAGCUAUUAAUAAGUGAAAUCAUAGAACAUUACUCCUCAAACAUCAACCAAUUAUCUUUAAACCCCACCUCAUUCAUAUACUCAAUUACCUAUCUAAAAAAAUUCUCAAACAAAUGGUUUCACUUAUGUUCAAUAAUCAUCAUCAGGAUAAAUUUAAUAUACCCAAAGUGAUUAAAAAUAAACUUCUCAAAUUGGAUCCUAUGUUCCAAACUAUGAUUUAUUAGCCAGAGUUGAUUAGUUGCUUUAAAAGACUAAAAUCAACACUUAAGCUUAGAAUAAUAUUCCAUGCAUAACAAAUAGAAUAUGA